AUGGGUGAUGAUAAGAAUAUUGGAGUGAUGGUAAGAGUACGGCCAUUGCUUGCCAGAGAAAAGUCAGAUAGUUCGAGUCUUAUUGAAAUGCCUCCACAAGCCGAUAAAGGGAAAGUAAUUUUGAAAUCAAGAACCGAUAAGAAAGGAGAUAAGGAGUUCAUUUUUGAUGAAGCUAUUUGGUCCUUUGAUGAAAAAGAUGAUCAUUAUAUGGAUAAUACAUCAUUUUAUGCAAAAUCAGGACCAGAAUUGGUUGAUCAUUUUUUUCAGGGGUACAAUGUCUGUCUAUUGGCAUAUGGACAAACAGGUUCCGGUAAGACUUUUACUAUGAUGGGAGAUGACAACAACGCAGAAGGAUUCAUCCCAAUGUUAGUGGAAGAUAUAUUGAAUUAUAAGACGCGAUUGGUUAGCGAUAAGAUAAACUGUGAAUUGAAAUUCAGUUAUAUGGAAGUGUACAAUGAAAACGUUCGAGAUUUACUUUAUGAUGGGAAAGAUAAAAAAUGGAGAGUUAGAGAACAUCCUGAUACUGGUCCAUAUGUGGAGGGAUUGAAAGAGUUUGAUAUUGAAAGUUUUAAAGAUUUCCAGAAAUAUUUGAAAAUUGGGAAUAGAAAUCGAUCAACUGCUUCCACUAUGAUGAACGACAAGAGUUCAAGAUCUCAUGCUAUAAUCAAUUUAUAUUUGAAGCAAACCAAAUUUCAUAAAAAUGAUGAUGAUUUGGAGAUUGGUAAGAUUGAUAGUGAAAUAAUCUCCAAUAUUAAAUUAGUGGAUUUAGCUGGUAGUGAAAGGUUAUCGAAAACUCAAAUAUAUGGACAACAAGAUAGAAUGAAAGAAGGGAGUUUGAUAAAUAAAAGUUUGAUGGUGCUAGGAAGAUGUAUUAAUGUUUUGUCGAGGAAAACCACCAACAAUACCAACGAGAUGAUACCUUAUAGAGAUUCAAUUCUAACGUAUAUUCUUAAAGAGAAUCUUGGAGGAAAUUCUAAAACAGUGAUGAUAUUUUGUGUAGCACCUUUGGAUUAUGAAGAAACUUUACAAACAUUGAAUUAUGCUACUAGAGUCAAACAUAUCAAAACCAGAGCUAAACAAAAUCAAAUUAAAUUAUCCAAUAUUAGGAUGGAUUGGGAUGAAGCGCAUAAAAACGAUUCCAUUGUUGAAAGUCUUAAAGAAGAAAUCGAAGUUUUGAAUGAAAAACUUACACAAUAUGAAGUGUCCAAUGAAACUGAAAAAUUAUCCAAAAUGAUAUCGUUCUUGGAGAAACAAUUGACGGAAUCGAAGUUCCAGAACAAAUAUCUUUCAUCGAAAAUUAAAGAAAUGGAGUAUGAAAAGCAAGAAUUACAAGAUCACAAUCGUUAUAUCAACAGUCUUCUAAGAGAUAAUCUCAAUAAAGAGGUAGAUUUGAAAUUACAACAUCAAAACCAAUUGGUAGAGAAUCAACUCAACCUCUUAGAAAAACAAAUAAUCCUAAAUCAACAAGAUUUAGAAGUGUUCUUGAAUGAUUUCAGUCCCACUUCAGUAUACACAUAA